AUGAUGGGGGUCCGUCUGUUUAGGCGUUACCAUAGCUCCAUUCUGCAAGGGCAAGUGUCAAGGCUCGCGUCGGGCCCAGUCAGUGCCUCCACCGAACUAUUGGGACGUGCUGGUUGCUGA